UCAAAGUUUGUGGUUAUGUUGUGAUGUGAGCUAUUGUUAUUUGCUUUUAUUGAACGAAAUCUCAUAUUUCUUCGAACUUAAAACAUAAUACUAGAUUAUAAAUAUAUAUUUGCUUUACCUAUCACUAUGGAAUCUCUUGACAAGAAACCUAAGAAGAAACCCACGAAGAUCGAGGAGAUGACGAAAGAACAAAUUCGUGCGGCGAUUCUGAAGAAACGGGAAUGCAACGCAAAGGCUCAGAGCAUCGUGGAGAGCCUUCUGGAAACAGGUAUUACUGACACUUACUUCUUGCAAUGCCUGCCUGACAUCAACCAAUCGCAUUUUGACGACAUAGUAGAAGAACGAUGCAUUCUUCGCCUUUGUGGUUAUCCUGUGUGCUCAAAAACCCUAUUGGACAAAGACAUACCCAAACAGAAGUACCGAAUUUCCCUGAAGACAAAUAAAGUAUAUGACAUAACUGCUAGAAAGAGCUUCUGUAGCAAUGGGUGUUAUAAAUCUGCUAUGCAUGUUAAAAAGCAAAUGCUAACAAGUCCAUUGUGGUUCAGAGAGUAUGAAGAAAUACCUAAGUUCCAUUUAACACCAAUAGACACAGUAGGCAGUCUUGGUCAGGAGAUAGAUGUGUCAUUGAUUGAGAAAAUCAAGAUAAGAACAACAAAGACAACAUUCACUUCUAUCAACGACUUUGCUAGUGCUAGCCUGAAUGAUAUGACUGACUCUGAUCAAAAGGAAAUUGAAAAUAUUAUCACUGAAAAUGCCACUACACAACAAAUUGAAGAUAAUAAAACAACAAUUAAUAAUGAAAUAUCGGAAGGUACCAAAACUCCUGAAAUAGCAUUAACUGAAACACCUGUCACUUUAUUACAAACUAAAGAAAAUAUAUCCAAUGAAAACAUAGAAGCACAACAACAUACAUCUAAAGCAGAAGACAUUAAAGAAAUUGUUAAAUCUGAAUGCAGUAAGGAAGGACUGAAAGAAAUUAAUAAAACUCCAAUAAAGAAGCCACAUUCUAAUCCGAUGAAUAUUGUUGGUGACAUUGUUGAAAGGCCAGAAAGGAUAAUUGACCCCAUUUUAUUAUCAACACCUGAGGCCCAAGUUAAUGAGAAUGUGGGUGUAACUGCUAGAGCCAUAGUUCUGUCAGCCAAAAAGAUUGCAAAGAAAAAGCCACCUGCUGUUACCAUACUUACCAUAGAAGUUGAGAAAUGUCUUGCUGAAUGGUUUAGCUUAGACACACUACUGUUUCUGUUUGGUGAUGCAAAAGUUAAAGAAAUGGUGACAGACAAAGGAGAAUGUAUAAAAGAAUACUUGAAUAAUUAUGCUAGAAGUAUAUCCUACAAUGCAAACACUUAUGAUCAGUACCAGCAGUUAUGUAGGAAACUAAACAUGCUCGAGUUGGAGGACCGUCGUUAUGACUCACAAACACUGAACAGAGAGACAAAACCUUUGCCAGACUAUUCUAUGAUUAAAGAAGAAAGUAAGAGAAUGCAGUUGAAGGUAAAAGCAUUCUUAGCUGGUGCAACAGAUGUACCAGAAAUUGUCACAACAGAACAGAAUGUACCGCAAGAUGAUGCUGCUGUAACACAACUGCCCUUAGUUGAUAAAAACGCACAAAACGCCUUAAGGAGACGAAUAGUCUGUGAACAUUUAAAUAAGGUAUUACCAGAUUUGCUACGGUCCCUCGGCCUGCUAACGCUGUCUAUAAGUUCUGAUGUAAGAUUGAUGGUCAACACUUUCAAGUUGAAAGCAAACAACAUUAUGUUUAAGCCGAUACAAUGGACCUUGAUUGCUAUUAUAAUCAUUAAAUUACUGUCUCUUAGGGACAAAAGAUUGGAGUAUUUGUUAGGACAGCAAACUGCUUACCAGCAUAUGCAGUUGUUACUUCUAAGUUACAAACAAGAUGGUGGAUAUUUAGACAGGCUGAUAUCUUGGCUCACUGAUGUUGAUAGACUAUUGGACACAAAUGAUACACAGUUGACCAUAGAAUAAAGAUGUGGUACUUGGAAUGUAAUGAUGAUUUAUGUGUGAUAGUUUUAUUACCAAGGAAACUAUGUAUGUACUACGUCAGAGAGCUAUAUGUUUUAUAGUCUGAUAAAAAGGAGUAGAAAGUAGUUACUGGCUCGGUGGAGUUUUAAACUCUCAAGAUUUGUCAUUGGCGCAUCACUAACCGCGGCCAGAACAAAAAGAAAUACAUAUUUUAUCUUUAACUAGCCACCAAAGAGAUUGGUGGAUUGGGUGUGAAUUUCACUAGAAAAGCACCACCAAUAACUCUGGCAAACUGUAUUCGUAAUUAUUUGUAACAAUGACAAAUUGUACAAAAAUGCACGUAAAUACGUACCAAGUACGUACAUUUACGUAUUGUACGUAAAUAUAUUUAUUUUUGUA